UUACUGAUUUACUGAUUGAAGGAAUUUUCUCUGGAUGUGUUUUGUGAGAGAGAGAGAGAGAGAGAGGAAGAGCUUGCUGUCUUUUUCUCCUCAACUUCUUUUGUAGGGUUUCAAAAACUGCAUCAAUUUGAAGACUGGUCAGAGGAACACACAAGCCGAUACACAGAGAGAGAGAGAGAGAGAGAGGUAACAGUAGAAGUCUCUCCUUUUCUUGUUAUUCUCUGUUCCUCUCUCUGGAUGUGUGGAACGUCAUAUACGAAGAUAUGACGGGACGCAGAGAGGGGUCGCUGAUGAGAAAUAACGGACAAUCUAUUCGCGGAUCGAAAAUCGCAGUCGCCAUUGCCAUCGGGAUCCUUCUGGGAUGCGUCUUUGCCUUCUUGUACCCCCAUGGGAUUUUCGGUUCCGAUCCAACAAUUCAAGGCCGUCGAGCUGGAAAAUCCAGUCUUCAGGUUGGUUUGUUCCCCUGUGAAUCUUCUGAACGGAUCAACUUGUUGAAGUCCGACCUUGUCUCAGCAUCGCAGAAGAACUCAGAGUUGAAGAAACAAGUUAGUGAAUUAACUGAAAAGCUUCGGUUAGCUGAACAAGCAAAAGAACAGGCAGAGAAGCAGGUCCAAGUGCUGGGUGGAAAGCAUAAAGCUGGGCCAUUUGGUACUGUAAAUGGUUUAAGAACCAAUCCAACUGUCAUUCCUGAUGAAUCUGUGAACCCAAGAUUGGCUAAGUUACUUGAGAAAGUAGCUGUCCAAAGAGAGCUUAUCGUUGCAUUGGCAAAUUCCAAUGUGAAAGACAUGUUGGAGGUCUGGUUCACUAGCAUCAAGAGAGUUGGUAUAACUAAUUAUUUAGUAAUUGCUCUGGAUGAUGAGAUUGCGGAUUUCUGCAAUUCAAAGGAGGUUCCCAUUUACAAAAGAGAUCCUGAUGAGGGCAUUGACUCGGUCGCGAGGAAAGGGAGCAACCAUGCUGUCUCAGGUUUGAAGUUCCGCAUCUUGAGAGAGUUCUUGCAGCUGGGUUACAGCGUUCUUCUCUCAGAUGUUGAUAUUGUAUACUUGCAGAAUCCAUUCAAUUAUCUAUAUCGGGAUUCAGAUGUGGAGUCCAUGACUGAUGGCCAUAAUAACAUGACAGCCUAUGGUUAUAAUGAUGUUUUCGAUGAGCCUGCAAUAGGUUGGGCCCGAUAUGCACAUACAAUGAGAAUAUGGGUUUACAACUCUGGCUUCUUUUAUAUAAGGCCUACAAUUCCUUCGAUUGAGCUGCUGGAUCGUGUUGCUAACCGGCUUUCUCAGGAACCAAAACCUUGGGACCAGGCAGCUUUCAAUGAGGAGCUCUUUUUCCCCUCACACCCUGGCUACGAUGGACUUCACGCAUCCAAGAGAACUAUGGAUUUCUAUCUCUUUAUGAACAGCAAAGUCCUUUUCAAGACUCUGAGGAAAGACGCAAAGCUGAGAAAGUUAAAGCCUGUCAUCAUUCAUGUGAAUUACCAUCCAGAUAAGCUUCCGAGAAUGAAAGCAGUUGUGAACUUCUAUGUCAACCGCAAACAAGAUGCGCUGAAACCCUUCCCUGAUGGUUCAAAUUGGUAGAACUUGUUUCUGGCACUCUAGACACAAAUUCAGUUGUCCCCCAUUUAUCACAUUUAGUGAUCUUCUCCUGCAAAUGCUCCAAAAAGUAAGACGGGUAAACCAUUCACUUUUUGAGAACUCUCUGAAAUAUGUGUUUGAAUUUCCAAAAGAGUUGGCUCCCCUUGUGAGAUUCUGUUUCAUUUCAGUUUGUAUGAUGUUUCUGUAGAAUUGCCUACUUCCCAUGUAGGAUAUAAAGUUGCAUAUCUGGAGACAAAUGAUAGGGCUUUAUUGGGGAGAGGUCUUCUAUUUUUUCUUUCUUAAACUUGUAUUGCGGCAUAUCACACUGUAUUAGACCCUCUGGUUCUUGUACUGAAUCUACUUGAAUUGAAAAUGACAGGUUGAAAUUUGAUCUGGA